AUGGCGACCAGGAGCCUGGCGCGGCGGCUCGGGCUGAUCCGGACCCGGGCCCGGGGCGCUGCGGGCGGGACGGCGGGCGGCAGACGCGAGCAGCCCUUCGCCUACCUGAUGGUCCUGGACUUCGAGGCCACGUGCUGGGCGGGUGGGGAGCGCUCCCGGAGCCCCGAGAUCAGAUUGCAUUCAAAAUCUAAAUUGCAUAGAAACUGGAAGAAGAGAUUUUAUGAGGAUCCAAGAUGGCUGCUCGGGUAG